AUGGGUUGUGACGGCGGAACUAUUCCUCGUCGAGAUGAGCUCGUGCGAAUGAAAAAAAAGCCAGAGCAAAAAGAUAAAGAUGCAGAACGCUCCUUCAAGUGGCGCAACUGUGCGUUAUCGCAGCAGCCUUUGCAAGAGCCUGUAGUAGCCUGUGGCCUCGGACGUCUAUACAGCAAAAGUUCCGUGCUUGAAUCGUUAUUAGAUAAAGAAACUAAACCGGAGUCUAUCAACCACAUCAAGAAUCUCAAGGACAUUAAAGACUUAAAGCUCACAAAGAACCCAGCCUACAAAGUGACAGAGCACACAGAGGGAGCAUUUGGUGAUGGCAGUGCCCCCUACAUCUGUCCCAUCAGUGGCCUGGAGAUGACGGGCAAGUUCCGUUUUGUCUUCCUGUGGAGUUGUGGAUGUGUGCUUGCUGAGAGGGCUUUGAAGGAGGUUAAGCAGAACCUUUGUCACAUGUGCCAAACACCAUUUACCGAUAAUGAUGUUACAGUCCUAAACGGAACAGAUGAAGAUAUGGAGAAACUGAAAGAAAAGAUGGCUGUCCGUGUUGCUAAUAGGAAAAAUGGCAAAAAAACCAAAGCUGAUAAAGUUAAAAUUGAACCUGCCACCCCAUCAACAUCUAAUGACAGUCCAUCAACAUCAACUUCUAAUGACAGUCCACCAACUACAUCUUCUACAAAAAAAGAAGACAUAAAGGAGGAAGCUGGUUCAAGUCAAGUUACAAAGAAAGAAAUUGAAACAAUUCCGCUAUCUCUACCUAAGUUCAACCCUAACAAACAAGCUAGAGGUCACUUUGGUUCUUCAAAACGAGCAUUCCCUACUGCAUUAGCUGAAGAUCCAUCUUAUAAGAAAACAAAAAAGGCUUACAGUGUAGCUAAAGAUCCUCAAAGCAGUGAAGUAUACAAAAGCCUUUUCACAUCACAUAAGAGUGAUAAAGAACAAUCCAGAGCGCAUUGGGUUACCUACAAUCCGUUUUACAAUUAAUGACUAUUAACCUAGUACAAUAGGACAAGUAGUUCACUUCCCGCCUUUGUGCUUAGGGUUGUCACAUUAUUACUUACACAUUGCAAAACAUAAUUUGAAAAAAUUAAGGUAUUCAUCACAGUUGAAAUAAUCUUUGUCAAAUGCAGUAUAGUUGGCGAAAUAUUAUUUGCACUGA